AUGCCAAAUACGACACCAUUACGACACCCCAGGAACAACAUCGUAGAAGACCGCGCCUUCAACACCAGAGCGAAGCUGGAUGCCUUUGCUGGGCGAGAUGUGGUGAAGGGCGUGGAGUAUGUGGACGUCCCGGACAACACACGCGAAAGUGCCAUGCAGGGUGGCAACGGGGCAGAAGAUCCCUUGCGCACUGUGGUGGUGAACUUCAAAGGUGCUGUGCAGAAGAUCUUCAUCACUGCCUUGCAGUUUGAAACUGCAGCUGAUGGAGACGUUUGGAGGGGUCUUGCCAGCACCAGAACGCUCUUUGCGGCGCCUGGAGCUGGAUACAAUCCCCUCACUGUGGAUGAGGAAGUCGUCACCGCGCUCAAGAGGUCCGCGGGCAGCGUCACGGGACGGCUGCGGCUGCUGGGCUUUUUGCACGGCACUUAG